AAGCAAAAUUCAAGGGAAAAAACUUAUACUCGAUAAUCAGAUAGAUCCAGAAUACUCAUUGUCUUACGGCAAUAUAUAAAAAUUGGAAAGCAUUGUGCUUAAGAGAAUUGAGGGGUAUAUGUGAAUUUUAUUUAAAUUACGCGAUUGAUAUGGUGUCAGUAAAUAAUUGUACCAAGUCAAUAUCUUCCGUCACUCUAACAACUGUUAAUCAUAAUUUUUCCGUUAUUAUGAAUGUUCUUAUAAGAGAUGAAGAUAUGAAUGGUUACUAAGUCGUUACGAAAUCUAAAGUCAUUUAAAAUUGAUAGAUCUUAAAGUAAUUGUGCUGUAGCGGGCGUACAAAGGUAGACAUAAUUUAAUAUAACUUUGCAUUAUCCAUCACCACGACCACAAAUCUUUUGCUUUAGAUUCGAGUAUUAAGUCUUCUACUGACACAUCUUGAAAGUAAAUUUUUAAAACUUCAUUCAUCACAGUAGUAAUCAGCGUGGUAACUGUGACGGCAUGUUAACAUUCGCAUAAGCUUUUACGUCUGCGCGCAAGCUAUAGAGCAACGAAAACAAUACUUGCAGUUGCCUCAUAAAGUUACAUAAGAGAAAGCCACCAACCUAAUGUUUGUCAACCGGCACGAAAGCUAAAGACUUGCUAAACGUUCUUCGAAUAGCAGUAAAAAAAUUUAGGAAAUUUAUUUAGUAAAAUCACAAUGGCUUCCAAUAAAAUCGACGAUUGCAACGAUGCCCAAGUAGCGAUAAACGAUUUGCCAAUAACGUUUAAAGUUAAAUACAUUGGCUCGGAGGUUGCACGUGGUUUAUGGGGGAUUAAGUAUACACGUCGCCCAGUCGACAUAAUGGUAGGGGCUGCAAAAAAUCUACCGCCAAAUAAGACUUUACCUAUUUGCGAGUUAAAAGUUUCUGUCGACGGAGUCAAUUUGGAAAUUAUUUCACCUAAAGCCAGCAUUAAUCAUUGGAAUUAUCCUAUCGAUACGAUAUCGUAUGGUGUACAGGAUCUAGUCUAUACCCGGGUAUUUGCCAUGAUUUUAGUCAAAGAUGAUCAUUGUUCGCAUCCGUUUGAAGUGCAUGCUUUCGUUUGCGAUAGCCGUGCUAUGGCUCGGAAAUUGACCUAUGCUUUGGCAGCCGCUUUUCAGGAUUAUUCGCGACGUGUUCGAGAGAACGGUGAAAUUCAAAAUGAUAAAAUAACACCGACACGUCAAAAGUUUGCCAUCGAUUUACGUUCACCGGAAGAAUUAGCAGCAGGCGUUGAUGAUGAGACAGAAGCCUAGUACUUGCACUCAUUAUAUGUUUUUUUUUUUUUUUUUAUAUAUAUCAACCUAAAAGUAUUUAAGAAUAAUGUGAUGCGUUACUGAUAUAUAUAUAUAUAUAUACACGAAUAUGUAUUUGUAUGUAUAGUAAAAUGAUCAACCAAACAGUUGACUUUAAAUUAAUCAAUUAUCCACAGGUUGUAAUGCUACCAAAUCUAUGUAAUAUAUUAUGUAUGUACAUUUUCAUACUGUAUUUGAGAAGUAGAAAGGACGAUUUCUAUUCCUGUAUUUCAACAGUUAUACAUUAUAUACAGCUAAUAAUCCAAAGUAAAAGCGAAUGAAUUUUACAUUUAUUGUUUUACUAAUUACUUAUCAUUUUUCAUAUAGUUUUCCUUCAAGUUCUCAUGAACCUUAGAUAUGCACCAUAAAGCAGUUCGUGAUUUUUAUGUGCAUCAUUAAUUCAUCACUGAUUUGUAUUGUAUGUAUGCAUGUACAUAUAUAUAUAUAUGUACAUAUACAUAUACAUUCCGGUAAAACCGGCAAAAUUAAAUUUUGUACCGAUUUAAUAACAUCUGCCCCUUGGUACAUUGGUCGUUGGUAGUUUGAGAGGCGAAACAAUUGUUUACAUAAUUUUUCUUUAAACUCGUUUUUCAUUCAAAGGACAAAGCUGGACAUAGACUUCUUAUGUAUGCUUAUUCAGCUACGAUAAUAUAAUAAAGAAUGCAUCAAAAGAAUGGAUAACAUGUGGUCACUACUGAAAAAAACAAACCGCAUAUUAGCUUAAAAAAGUGCUUUUAACUCUAUUUUAUCAGUAUAUACUACAAUUAUAUUAUUGUUAUUAUUUGCAUUAUUUGCACAUAUUUGCAUUUUUAGUAUUACAAUCCACACUACUUUAAAGUUAAUCUUAAUUCAAGGUCAGCUACUAUAUCCAACUCACGCCAAGGAAAUCAAAUCAAGAACAUUGGCGGGAUUUGCAGCACACCAAUCUGCUUCUCAUGUCUGCCGCAAUUAAAUAUUUAGGUUGUGAUUGCUUAUAGCUUU